UUUGAUAGCUAUAUGUUGUGGUUGUAGAAUUCCAAGUUUAUUUAGUACUGUUGAAUUUUGGCAUCUUAUGAGGUAAUAUGUUUAGUAAUUGAACCUCAAUCUACCAGGCCUUAGGGACUUUGAGUUUCAUUUAGUUUGGUUCUCAAACUGGUUGUGUUCUAUCCUGCAAACAAAAUUAUUGAAAUGUCCCAUGUGCGUGAAAGUGAAACUCCUGAAGAUAGGGUAGUUGAAAUCUUAUCCAGGUUACCGCCCAAGUCUCUGAUGCGGUUCAAAUGCAUACACAAGUCUUGGUUCUCUCUCAUCAACAAUCUAAGUUUUGUGGCCAAACACCUCAGCAAUUCCGUGGACAACAAACUCUCAUCCUCCACUUGUAUCCUUCUCAACCGUUCUCAGGCUCACAUUUUCCCAGACCAGAGUUGGAAACAAGAAGUUUUCUGGUCCAUGAUUAAUUUUUCCAUUGAUAGUGAUGAGAACAACCUUCAUUACGAUGUUGAGGACCUAAAUAUACCGUUUGCAUUGAAAGAUCAUGAUUUUGUACUGAUUUUUGGUUAUUGCAAUGGGAUACUCUGUGUAGAAGCUGGGAAAAAUGUUCUUUUAUGCAAUCCUGCAACGAGGGAAUUCAAGCAACUUCCCGAUUCAUGCCUUCUUCUACCUUCCCCUCCUGAGAGAAAAUUCGAAUUGGAAACUAACUUUCAAGCUUUGGGAUUUGGAUAUGAUUGCAAUGCUAAAGAAUACAAGGUUGUGCGAAUUAUAGAAAAUUGUGAGUAUUCAGAUGAUGAACGAACAUAUUAUUAUCGUAUUGCUCUUCCUCACACGGCUGAGUUAUACACCACAACUGCUAAUUCUUGGAAAGAGAUCAAGAUUGAUAUAUCAAGUACAACCUAUUCUUGUUCUCGUUCAGUGUUCAUGAAGGGAUUUUGUUAUUGGUAUGCAACAGAUGGCGAGGAAUACAUACUUUCUUUUGAUUUAGGUGAUGACACAUUUCAUAUAAUACAACUGCCUUCUAGGAGAGAAUCCGGUUUUAGGUUUUAUUAUAUUUUUCUACGAAAUGAAUCCCUUGCUUCUUUUUGCUCUCGUUAUGAUAGGAGUGAGGAUUCUGAAUCAUGUGAAAUAUGGGUAAUGGAUGACUAUGACGGUGAUAAAAGUUCAUGGACAAAACUUUUAAACAUUGGACCCUUACAAGGCAUUAAGAAGCCCCUGACAUUUUGGAGAAGUGAUGAGCUUCUUAUGCUUGAUUCCGAUGGAAGAGCCACCUCUUAUAAUUAUAGUACUAGAAAUCUCAAGUAUCUUCAUAUUCCUCCUAUUCUCAAUAGGGUUGUGGAUUUUGAAGUUCUUAUUUAUGUGAAAAGUAUUGUUCAUGUCAAGUGAAUUGAGGAAAAAGUUCCAUUUUCUCCUAAUUAAUUUGUUUGCGUGACAUGAGGCUUGAAUUUGCAUCUUUUAAUUUAAUCUGCUUUGUGGCCCUUUUACCAUGUUUGGUUAUCAUGGGCUACCUUUAGUUUCGUGCUUUCCCCAUUUUGUAAUGUUAUUUUAUU